AACCAGUUUAACAGCAAAAUCCUAAUCAAAAAAAGAAAAAAAAAAUUGUUGGAGAGUGCCAAAGUUAUAAACACAAAAGUUGAUUUUUCGCUGGAUUAAGUGCAAGUGGGAUCGCAACAAAAAUACACAAGCCAAUAUACGAUAUUUAAACGAUCGCAUGUGGAGACAGGCAACGACUACGACAUCCACAACAACAGCAGCAGAAGCAGCAGCAAGUCAUCAAUUAAUUUAAUCAAAAACCAUAACUCAAAUUCAAUGAACAAAUCAAUUUGCGCGCGCUCAACAAGCCAAUAAAUCGAUCAAUAAAAUAAAAUAUCAUAAAGGCUACGAUACAAUACAAUAAAAUAACAGCAACUAUCAUCAGAAGUAAUAAUAGUUGCAAGGAAGAUCAAGAACAAACUGCAAGCAGUUGGUCAGCACACUGAACAUCUGGCAACGCAAGGAAUAAAAACUGUCAGCUGUAGCAGCAUCUGGCAACGCUCUGCUGUUCAAUUUAAAACUGUAACGGUUAUUGGCCGCGUUUUACUCACGCCAGGGCCAAACCGGAUAGAACAACUGAGCGAGUGAAAGAGCGUACAGACCACAGCCAUGGGAAAUUCAUCGUCACACACGCACGAACCACUGGAGCGCGGCUUCACACGCGGAAAAUUCGGCGAUGUUAAGAAUGGGAAAUCGGCCUCGUUUCGGUUUAGCAAAAAGUCACCCAAGAAAAUGGAUCGCCUGCGACGCUCGUUUCGGGACUCGUUUCGUCGCCGAAAGGAUCGUGUGCCAGAGUCCUCGAAGCCCCAUCAAUGGCAGGCCGAUGAGGAGGCAGUGCGUUCGGCAACCUGCUCCUUCUCGGUCAAGUAUCUGGGUUGCGUUGAGGUCUUUGAAUCGCGCGGCAUGCAGGUCUGCGAGGAGGCCCUUAAAGUGCUGAGGCAAUCCCGUCGUCGUCCAGUGAGAGGUUUGCUUCAUGUCAGCGGUGAUGGACUGCGCGUUGUCGACGAUGAGACAAAGGGCCUCAUCGUGGACCAGACCAUCGAGAAGGUGAGCUUCUGUGCGCCCGACCGCAAUCACGAGCGUGGGUUCAGCUACAUUUGUCGCGAUGGCACCACGCGCCGUUGGAUGUGUCAUGGCUUCCUUGCCUGCAAGGACUCCGGCGAGAGGUUGUCCCAUGCCGUGGGAUGCGCAUUUGCGGUUUGUCUGGAGCGCAAGCAACGUCGCGACAAGGAAUGCGGCGUCACAAUGACCUUUGACACAAAGAACUCGACCUUCACGCGCACCGGUUCGUUCCGGCAGCAGUCGCUCACCGAGCGAUUGGCCAUUGCCACCGUGGGCAGCAAUGAGCGUUGCGUCGAUGGUCCACCAUUGAGCGGCGGUCCGCCUGCUGCCGCUGUGAAGCCGUUCAAUCCGUUUGCUAUCGAGAGGCCACAUGCUACGCCCAACAUGCUGGAGCGCCAGAGCUCCUUCCGACUGAGCACGAUUGGCAGCCAGUCACCGUUCAAGCGGCAGAUGUCGCUGCGCGUCAACGAUCUUCCGUCCAAUGCGGAUAGGCAGAAGGCCUUUCUGGCCGCUGCUGCCGGCAAUCCGAAUGCACACUCACUGCACACUCCGCUGCGCAGCGUCUCGCCCAUUGCCGAGGUGUCUCCCGCCAAGUCGGGUGAUGCGGCUGCCAUCAUGGCUGCCGACACAGUUAGUCAGUUGUGCCAGGAGCUCAGCCAGGGUCUCUCACUGCUCACUCAGACCGACACACUGCUGGCUGGCGAUGAUCUGAACUUCAACAACAACCGCAGCAUCAAUCAGAACAUCAUUGCCGCCGAGAAGCAGCAGCAGGUGGCCGCAAUCUCGUUCAGCAACAGUGCCAGUGGCAGUGGCAGCGGAAGUGGCACGCCCACCGCUCAGGUGACGCCUCGUGUCACCAGCAUGCCGCCUCUACAAUCGCCUACACGUUCCGAAUCGGGUGUGGUCGAGUCCUCCGAGCUGCCCAAUGCCGAACAGUGGUUGGGUCAGGUGGUGCGCAGCACCUCACCCGCUGUCGCACCCAAGAGGCCCAGUUAUCUGGGCAAUAUGGGACGUGCCCAGACGAUGGCAGCGAGCGCCACAGCUGCUGGAACUGGCGAUCCCGAUCCUUUCGAUGCCGAGUGGGCGGCCAAUGUAGCGGCUGCUAAGAAGAUGUCACCCGAUCUACCCGGAAUUGGAACCGGCAACAGCAACAGGCACAGCACGAAUCCUUUUAUCUCACCGCCCAAGGCGCCAGCGCAAACAUUCCAGGUGCAGCUGUAGGCUAACCCAAUGUUUAGCUGGACGCCGGGCUGUGGGAUCGAGGGACUGUGGGAUGGGGGGCAGGGAAAGGGCGGUCCAAAGUGUGGUUCACUUGAAAAACGUAACUUAGAAUAAUGGGGCGGCCAAGGCAGAGAUGGAUAGUUAGAUUAAAGAUACCUACAUAAAUAUAUAUAUUUACAUACUAUAUAUACAGAAUGAUUCCGGAUACUUAACGCAAACAUAAAGUGUUGAAUUAUAUAUACAUACGAACAUGCAUAGAUAAAUAUAUACAUAUAUGUGAAACGAUAAUGCAUAAACAAGAAACAAGUUAACUAAGCAAACAUACACAGCCACUCACUCACACAGGCGCACGCAUUAAUAUAGGACUUGCACUGCUUGCACACACGUACUGAAUGUAUCAACUGCUUGCCAAUUGCCACAAGCAGCACGCCAAAUUUUGACCAAGCUACCGAGUUACCCGCCAGACCACCUUUAGCAACACAGAUUACUCUACUACAACAACGAGUGCACUUCUACGUUACAGUAUCUAAUAAUAAUAAGUAUACACAUGCCUACCCUAUGAUUUCGGACUAUUUAGAUACUAUGUACAUAACUUAGAUGACUACAAGAUAUUUGAAUGCAGACUUCCACAACUUGUUGAUCAAUCCCAAGCUAAAUUCUUAUUCACACUACUAGUAUAUGUUGAUGAUAUGUGUACUACCCAACUUAUCAUACGCGAGUGGACUUGAUGCACUUGAUGUCUAGGACCAAUGUUUUCUGGGUCAUUUUUUAUUUACGUAUAUCAAUUUUAUUAAUUUAAUUUUAAAUUUGUACAAAAUGUAUUAUACUUAAAUUAUAAUAAUAAUUUAACGAAAAUAAACUUCAAGUUAA